GCUGCUUUCAAAUAUCUGUAUGCACAAGCAUCGCUCGUGGUAGAGAAAUUCGCGAUCAGCGCGUGGUCAAUUCUCAGUUGUAAGUGUACGGAUAGUAUGUAAUAUCUCUACCUCCCGCUCGGCGCUCCCCAGUGCGCUGCUAUGUGUACACUUGUAGUAUCUUCGUACUAGUAAUUAUGUGACGAGUAUCUUCUCCAUCUCCAUCGAUAUUCGCCUUCAUUAGGUGUUGAGCAUCAAAUUAUACGCGAAGAUGCAGUUUUUUUCGAAGACGCAGGAUUACAGCCGCGUGUUGCGUGGCGCAUUUCUCUUCCUCAACCUUGCUGUAGCCAUUUUCGCCACUUACCAGCUGGGCGAUUAUUUGACACCACAGGUGCUGAAGCAACUCAAGGACAGCGUCGACUCCUUCAUCAGCAAUUCACCUGUGAGAUCAAGGUUAAGGAAAAGGUGGCUUGAUGUUCCAAAAAUACAGAGGGGGUUCACAAAGACGAGAUAUCUAUCUUCAAGAGCAUAUUGCAUCAUGCUUCGAAUUUUUAGAAAACGGUAAAAUAAUGCUUCUAACGAACACUUAUUGGUCGAAAACAUCAUGCUCACCACGACAGUGAAAGUGAUGAUGGUUAUAUAUAAAUAUGAUUUUUUCUUGGUACUAAAAGAAGUCCUGCUUCUGCUUCUUCUUUGCUUCUUCUAAGACAAGCAGGCUUUGUCGCGUUAAUGACAUUUAUCGUCGGGUUCAACGUACCAGGAGCUACAUUUAUGGCAUUAUGCUCUGGCGUAUUCUUCUCUCAGCCUUUCGCGACCGUGGCUGCUUUCUCUGGCUACACGAUCGGCGCCCUCAUCAACUACACGGCUUGGAGACUUGUGUUUGGCGAUGCAGUACGAGGGUACCUAACUACCCUAAAAGUCGUACAUCAAGUGUUCGAUUCAUGACUUGGAUAAGUCUUGUCUAAAUCUAAAAGGAACGAUUUUUGUCUAAGUCUGAGACGCUCGUAACUAAAACGAAAACUUCAUAAGCUUAAGCUGAAUUUACCACGACCUUCAUCAGAUAUUUGGCAAAAGCUAGUGGCCAGUUUCGAAGAUUUGAAGAUGGUCUGAAGAAGGCCGAAAACUUCUGGGAGACUGUCGCCUUCCUCAUAUUCAUCCGAUACGUGGCCUUCUUUCCGUUUUGGUAUUUUCUACUGCUUGGACUUAUUGUUAUUCUUGUUCUUUGCAGAUAUACAUCGAAACCCAAAACCUUUCUCAUUCUGGAAAUGAUCGACCUCGAGGACGAACCACUUCAAUCACUAUUUACGCGUGCAGCAUAAUAUCUCCUUGUUGAUCGUUAUCUUCAGGCUCGUCAAUGCUGCCUGUGCCGCUCUUUCCGUGAAGUUUGGUACGUUCCUGUUUACGACUGCGUUUUCAACAGUCCCUGGCGCGAUACUGUAUUCUAUGAUGGGUCGCGUAUUUGUGGAGUCCGCUUUGUAUACAGUCACAACCGAAACUGAUACUAGCACACUGCUGCGAUCUCUGCUUUGGCGACUGCUGUUCGAGGAUGAAAGCGCUCGAGGUGUCGCAGCAAUGCUACUCUUCUGCAUCAGCUUUCCAGCUCUAUUGCAGCUCCCGAAAUUUCUCGCAAGACCAACUGGAAUGACUAGCGAUGGGACUCGUCCUUCCACUGCAAAAAAUAGAAGUAAAAGUAGAAAUAACAACAAUCGGGACAAAAGUACAACUAGUAUUACUAAAAGACCAAAGAUACAGAUGAACACGCAGCAGACCACUGGCAAUGCAGAAGAUCAUGAGAAAGAAGAUAAGGAACGACUUCAGUCGAGCGCAUCAAGUAGAACGAGACGUGGAAAAAGCGGAAAGCUCAGAAACAGAAAUGCUAGUGUCAAACCAUCUUCGGCUAACAAAAGACAGAGAAAAGUACAACAAAACCAAACAUAAUAUGAUGAUGCCCCCUGGUUGUCGAACAGCAUCACAGCGCUCUGUACUCGCAUCUGCUGACUCCACGCGCUGUUCCUGGUACCUCCCCGGCUUUCGCACGCACCCCUCCUUCGAACCGUGUGUACGGAUCUACCCUGCCUGCACCCAUUUUUUCACUCUCUAUUUUAUCAUGAGAACAGGACAUUGCCCCACUAACAAGGCCGUCAUUCUUUAUUUUCGGUUUCCCCAUUCACCGAAUAGAGAUUGAUGAUUUCCAUGACUUUUCUCUACAUCACCGUCUUCAAAUAGACGGUGUAUUUCACCCUGUUCUUGUUGUUCUUUACGAGAAGAACGAAGUACGUACUAGAAGAUCACCGUCAAAGUAGAACUAAGGAUAGGUUAAAGGCGUUCAGGUUGCCGCUUGUUUUGCCGCUCUUAAGGGAGAGAGGCAUAACGAUAACAAACGGGCGAAGCGAAUACCAAAAACCUACCUCUACUAGAGAAUGCUCAUCGGCGCGUAUCUAUGAUUUUGUUCGUAUGAUAUUGAUGUGGAUGUGAUUGAGAAACAACGAGCAAUUAAUAUACCAAUAUAUAAAUAUAUCAACAAUCGCUUGAUAGAGAUCAGAUUGAUGGUUUUGUUCGUCCUCGGGGAGCAUCGUUUCAUCGUCUUUGUUAUCGGUCGUGCGAUCAAUUCCUAGACAUCAUUCGUGUAGGUGUGGGGCGCUUUUCUUGAGGUCGAUUCGUGUUCGGACACAUCAUGGUGCACAGUCUUUUAAAACUAAUA